AUGGCUCGCUCCUGGAGGAGGCACGCUGGAGUGGACAUCGGCGCCACGCAGCUCAAGAUCAGCGCCAGUCGUCUCAGCGAUGCCGGAAACUACACGGUCACGGUGACGCCCGCUGCCACCACCGGUCUGGCCACCAACUCGCGCUCGGUCACGCUGAGGGUGUUUGAUGCUGUUGGUCCGGCCAGCCUGUUCGUGCCCUCUUUGGCUAUAGAAGGUGGCAACGUGUCCCUAAGCUGCAGCUGGUCCAAGGGCACAGAGACCAAAGUGGCAUGGAGCAAAGGUGGCACGGAUCUCUCCUCAGACCCUCGUGUAAACAUCAACGCUGGAUCUCUGAUCAUUAAUCCAGCCAACAGGAACGAUUCUGGACAAUACACCUGCACCGUCAGCAACCCGGUCAGCACACAGAGCGCGACGGCCGGCCUCACCGUUAACUAUGGUCCGGACACGCCUCAGAUGACCAAAACGUCCUCGGAUUGCGUGGGCGGCGGAGAUUCCACCGUGGGUCAGUCGGUCCGGCUGACCUGCACAUGUGUGUCUCUGCCCCCCGCCCUCCUAUCGUGGCAGUUUAACGGCCAGACGCUGGCGGGCGGCCAGUCGACCGGCGGCGCGCUGAGCCUGCAGGUCUUCUCCACCAAUCAGAGCGGCCAGUACGUCUGCUCGGCGAGUAACAGCGUCACCAUGAAAACGUCGCAGCAGCAGAUCAGCCUCAGCGUUGUGGGUACGUGUCUGAGCGUGGGCGCCGUAGCAGGAAUCGUCGUUGCCUGUUUUGUCGCUCUCGUGUUAAUUAUCGUCGCCAUCGUGCUGAUUCUUCGCCAGCGUAGAGUCGAUCGGAGGCUCAGGACCGUCAUCAGACAUCAGAAGCAAAGUCUGAACAACAGGCCGACGAGUCCUGCAGCGUUACAGAAUGGCCAUGACAAUCCCGAGUUCCUUGAAGACCAACCUGAUCCACCUCUGCAUCAUGUAAACAGACUCGAUCAAAACACCACAAACAUCUGGCACACCGGUCACGGAAACAAUGAACCGCUGAGACAAAACAGACCGAUCAACAAUAACAUCCCACAAAAUAACAACAUACGUCCGGAUAACACAGACGGAAACUCCAACUCAUACAGGCAUGAAAACAGCCAAUCAAAUCCACACGGUCGCCCACAACAGAAUCCGAAUAUUCUAAUCCAGACGGGCCACGGCGAGCAAGGAACUCAGACCGUCCUCAUCAACCUCAACACUCAGCCCCGGCAGCGGAAUGCCGACGCACAGCCUGCGACGGUGCACGUCAGUCUCGCCGCACCCCAGACGCCUUCAGGACGGCCGAACGAGAACCACAACCAUCAACAAAGCGAUCCAAAUACGGUCCAGCAGCUUGUCGUGCCUCGCCAGGAGAACCAGAACGCCCAAAAUGCCAUGCAGUAUGAGGAGCGAAGCAACAGAUUUCAGGAGCAGAAUCAUCCUCAGUACCUCAGGAACCCGACACAGGGAGACCACGCAGGACCGGCUGCACUUAGGAGAACCUUAGAACAUGUAGAGCACAGUGAUAACGUUCAUAACGGCUACUCACACAACCGGCACACGAGUCCAAACCACACCCGAUCCCAACCAGUACCAAACGAAGUUUCUAAUCGCUCUGAUGCAAGUGCAGAUCUCCGUCAGAUGCCGUGGGACCGCAUGCAUGGUACACCAGCAUAUCCCAAUCAUCAAGCGGAAGAUUCAGACAGCGACGAGUCCCAGACUUCAUCACAAGACAGGUCAGACUCAGAAAGAGCGAGUCCAGGUCCGAAUCUGAGACCGCGAAGGUCACCGGUGGACGGACGAAUAAGGAAUGUCUCCAAUCCUUCCAGAAGAGACUUGUUAAGGCAACUUGCUCAAGGUGCUGCGCAGAGACGGUAUCGAACAGACCAGCAAAGUAUGACAGCCAGGCAGCAAAAUGUAGGCAUAUCCCAGAGAACAAAUGCUCCUCAGCAUCAAACCGCACAAACUCAGACCUCUACACCAACACGUUUCACCACUCAGGCUGCUCCAGAUCACAGACAGGUCACCUCAAACCCUGUUCCGCUCACCCAGGCCGCCCUGCAGCAGCACACCAACCAGACCUCUACACCAACACGUUUCACCGCUCAGGCUGCUCCAGAUCACAGACAGGUCACCUCAAACCCUGUUCCGCUCACCCAGGCCGCCCUGCAGCAGCACACCAACCAGACCUCUACACCAACACGUUUCACCGCUCAGGCUGCUCCAGAUCACAGACAGGUCACCUCAAACCCUGUACCGCUCACCCAGGCCGCCCUGCAGCAGCACACCAACCAGACCUCUACACCAACACGUUUCACCACUCAGGCUGCUCCAGAUCACAGACAGGUCACCUCAAACCCUGUUCCGCUCACCCAGGCCGCCCUGCAGCAGCACACCAACCAGACCUCUACACCAACACGUUUCACCGCUCAGGCUGCUCCAGAUCACAGACAGGUCACCUCAAACCCUGUUCCGCUCACCCAGGCCGCCCUGCAGCAGCACACCAACCAGACCUCUACACCAACACGUUUCACCGCUCAGGCUGCUCCAGAUCACAGACAGGUCACCUCAAACCCUGUACCGCUCACCCAGGCCGCCCUGCAGCAGCACACCAGUCAGACCUCAAACCCCCUCCCUAACAUGACACACCAAACCCAAACCGCCCUGCAGCACCCCGGGACUCAACCCAUACCCAGUCAGACUCUUCCAGCCAAGCAGAUCAACCGUGAAGGUCAGGCUGUUCCGACCCCCCCUCCUGUUCUGCGACCGGCAGAGUUUAGAACGCUGCCACGGGAGCCUUUACAGCAACCACGCCCUCUACAGACCAUCCAGAUCAUGAAACGACCUACAGUCGGACAUCACAGACCUCACAACGUGCACAGACGUCCCAGGACCAUGCAUGCCAACCUGCACAGACACAUAGAAAACCCACACAUGCAUGCCAGCGCUCACAAACACCCAGCACAUAUGAAUCAGCCAAGAGACUUUUUAUAGAGUCAAAAAACACUGAUGAGCUCUUUUUUGGGUGGAUACAAAAAAAAUCUAAGUGUGUGUGUGCCCUGUUUGUGGCGUUUCCUGCUUUUUUACCAUGACUUGGAUCCACUGUGACCCUGACUAAGCUUAAGCAAUGGUUAAACAGAAAGUUAAUUAUUGUAUGAAUGGUCCAGGGGUCAAAAUACCACUGGACCACAUGGCUCAGACUUAAACAUUAGGCAGGAAAAACACAACACUGUUGACAGAGCCCAAAGUUUACUGUGUAACAGGUGUAAAAAGGAGGUAAACGUCAUGACAAAUCUAUACCUCUGCCGAUUCUGCCCUCUGGUGGUCAGGAGGAGUGUUACCACACUACAAGCAUUAGGGACAAAAUUAAAUGCUAGUUUCAACAUUGCUAAAUCUUUGUAUCAGCAAUGUAAUUAAAAUUCUUUACAGGCCAAUUAUGUUUUAAUGCAUUUUAAUUUAAAGUUCCGGGCUGCUCAAGCUCAAGUAUGUUACAUUUGCCUACAGCUGAUAAGCGGGUUCAAGUCUCAUUGGUGCCCGCUGCUUGGUUGUGCACUUUACAGACAAUAUUGGCCAUGACUGAGGGAGAAAAGGUCAGAGAGAAAAUCGCCUUGCCUCAAUUCAUCUACCUGUGGAGUAUUUAUCAAUUUAUAUUAAAAAUGACAUCUUUGCCAUGCUGAAACAGACUACUGAGAUCUGAGUGUUUCUCUUCCAA